UGCAGAGCCACGAAUAGCGUUGCUGUCGUGCCCUCUCAACGAUGUCGUACAAGCGCCGGCCUCACAUCGACCAUCAUGCGGGCGGGAAAGGUCCGCUCGCGGAUUGGCGGAGGCUUCGUGUCUAUCUUGGACUCGAGAACUCUCACUGGAGGAUACAACCCGGCAGAUGUGCUUUCUCUGCAGCAGUUGAACUGUGACAGUCUCAAGCCACCAGCCUUCAACGGUCACUCAACCACGCUCUACAAGAACACCUGCAAGCGCCCUCUACCCGAAGGGUCCCUUUCCGAUUUUCCAACGUUGUUCUGACCCCGUGCGCGUGCCAUGCUUGAGGCAUUAGCCCGGAUACACUGUUAAACUGCCAUUGAGCGACUGAACCUUUUGUUUCUGAGUGUGCACACUCCAAACCCG